AUGAAGAUCCAAGACCGCACAUUCAUCAUCUCCGGCGGCGCAUCCGGCCUCGGCAAGAGCUCUGCCGUCGAAAUCAUCAAAGCCGGCGGCUAUGUCUCCAUCCUCGACUUGUCCGACGAAGAAGCCGGCCAGGAGCUGGAAAAGGAGCUAGGCCCGUCCGCAAGGUUCUUUCACUGCAAUGUGCUUGAGAGCGAGAGCAUCGCAAAGGCCGUCCAGGGUACCGUGGACUGGGUGAAGAAGACCGGAAAGCCAUUGGGUGGCGUCAUGCCAGGAGCAGGCAUUGGCCUCCCAGCAGCUGUCCUCAAUCGCAAGGGCGAGCCUCUGAACAUGGACGACGUCGACUUCGUCCUGGGCGUCAAUCUCAGAGGCGUAAUCGAUCUCGUCCGGCAAACCGUCGUCCAUCUCGCCAAGGUCGAUCCCGAAGGCCCAGACGGAGAGCGCGGCGUCAUCAUCUUGGUCAGCAGCUCGAGUGCCUUUGACGGCCAGUACGGCCAGGUCAGCUACGCGGCCAGCAAGGGAGCUGUUGCAUCAAUGGCACUGCCCAUGGCUCGCGAUCUGGCAGGUUACGGCAUUCGCGUCGUUGCUGUUGCUCCCAGCCUGUUCGUCACCAAUCUGACGGCUGGUAUGAGCGACAGGGUUCGAAAAGCCAUAGAAGACACGUUUGUGUUUCCGAACAGAGCUGGCAAUCCGCCCGAUUUCUCCAUCUUGGUCAAGCACAUUAUUGAAAAUCCCAUGUUGAACGGGGCUGUCAUCCGAUUGGAUGGAGCAUCAAGACUGAGCAAGUUGUAA